AUGGAGAAAUAUUAUUUGGAUAAGCCUGGUAAAAAGCCAUAUACAUCUGAAAAAAUCGAGUCGAUAAUUAUGGAAAUUAAUGACGCUAAAUCAACGGGUGCUAAGAAAAGACGAGAUUAUUAUAUUUUACAAAAAUAUGAUGUAUUAACAGUGGCCGAGAAAAAGUAUUUAAUACAUAAAAAAAAAGAAGAUAAAGAAGAUAUAAUGUAUAUUGUAGCAUAUGAAGACUUGUUUGAAAAACUAAGUACUUACCAUAUACGUACGGGACAUGGUGGUAUAGGGAAAAUGCGUGCGGUACUGUCCAAUAAAUAUUCAAUUCCAAGACCAGCUAUUGAAACUUUUUUAUCCAUAUGUGCAACUUGUAAUAGUAAGAAAGGUGUGAAUCGUAAAUUGGUUAUCAAACCAAUAAUUAAUCACCACACAAAAUUUAUAUCUUUAUUGCCACUUGAAAGUAAACGAGCAGUUGAAGUAGCAUCUAAUUUGCUUACGGUUUUUCUUACUUUUGGUGCACCGAAAAUUCUUCAAUGUGACAACGGUAGAGAGUUUGUAAAUUCUAUAAUUAAUGAAAUUAAGGAACUUUGGCCUGAAUGCAUAAUUGUACAUGGAAGACCAAGACAUCUUCAGAGUCAAGGAAGCAUAGAACGUAGCAAUCAGGAUGUUGAAAAUAUGCUUCGUGCAUGGAUGAAAGACAAUAAGACCAAAAAAUGUUCUAUAGGAUUGAAGUUUGUUCAAUUCCAAAAAAAUUCUUCACAUCAUCGGAUAAUAGGUCGCUCUCCAUACAAAGCUUUAUUUGGUUGUGAUCCUAAAGUUGGAUUAUCAACAUCUAAUUUACCGUUAGAAGUUAUAAAAAAAUUAACAGCUGAAGAGGACCUUGAAGAAAUUUACAGCAAAUAUGAAAACGAAAAUAUUGAACAAAGUAUUCUUGUUAAAUAUUGCAAAAUGUGCAAAAACGAGUCCACAGAAGAUGUUUGUGAUUUGUGCAAAACAAAUAAUGCAAUACACGAAGAACGUAAAGCUGGGCACAAAGGUCAAGAAAAAGCUGCCGAAAAAAUGUUACAGGUUAGCAAUGCCGUAAUUCCAGAGUUCAAAAUUAAUGACUGCAUCACAAUUUCUGUUCCAAAAGUCGACAGAGGACCAUCCGACCCUGCUCGCGUGAUUGCUGUUAUUAUUGAAGAAAAAAAUGAGAUGUAUAAAAUAGGAACUACACAUGGUCUUAUUAAAGGAUGGUUUAAUUCUAGAAGUAUGCAGCAUGCAACUGCAAAUUUCAUUUUAGCUGAACAGGUUGACAAACAAAAAGAAUUAACCUUGUGUGAAACUGUCCAAGUUGUAUCUGGUGGUCAGGGGUUCUUAAGUUGUUCAUGCAAAAGUGCUUGUCAAACCAAAAGAUAUGUUUGUUUUAAAGGUGGUUUAAAAUGUAACAGUCGUCGUCACAAUUCAUUUUCCUGCUCUAAUAAAUAA